GUAUCGGAAAUCAACAAACAAAUGGUGCCUAAAUGCUUCGAGUCAUAUUUUCCUUUCUUUAAAGUUUUCAAAGCCUUCACUAAGCCUCCCUUUAAUUUUUUCUCAGGUUCUCAGAAACUUUCUUGGAUCUCAUCGCCCUCCUUUUCCUUUUUCUCUGCCUGUAGAUCUCCACGCAAGCUUUUUUCAGUGUUCCAUUCCUCAUAAAUACCCACCACCCCAUUACUCUCAAGAACACCGCUUUCUCCUUCCACAUAUAUAUAUAUAUAUAUAUAUUUUCUGCUUGUCUUCGUUUUCCUCUCAGCUUCUUUAUACUCCUUUUGCUUUGGAUCUGGGUUGGUCUCUUUCUCCUUCAGCUUAAAGAGAAAGAACAAAAAUGGCGUCCUUUACAGUGCCUUGCCCCAAAGCUUCCUCUACCUUUAUGGCUCGUGCUGGGUCGAAUGCCCAUCAACUCCACCAGCAUAACCAGCUUUCCUUUCAACACCAUCUGAAUCCAAGUCCCACACCGUCUCUUGCCUUUUCUGGGUUUCAGUACCUCAUUAGGAAACAGUCUGCUGUUCGGAAGCUGCAGGCACAGGUUACUGCUGAAAAAUCUUCAAAUUCUGUUGCCACCAAGCCAAGAGUUGGAUCAUUGGAAGUGAAGGAUGAGUCUGUGGAAAAACUCUCUGGUCAAAACAAUAUCCCAGAUGCUUCACCUGUGUCAGAAUUUAUGACUAAAGUUUCAGAACUCGUCAAACUUGUGGAUUCAAGAGAUAUUGUGGAGUUGCAACUAAAGCAGUUGGAUUGUGAGGUAAUAAUAAGAAAAAAAGAAGCCUUGCAACAGCAAACACCACAAACUCCUAUUGCCACAAUGCCACCUCCUUUUCUUCAUGCCAUGUUACCAUCUCCACAAUUGCCAGCUCCGGCAGCUUCCCCUGCUCCUGCUAGCCCUCCUCCUUUGGCUUCGGCACCUGCAUUACCUGCCCCUGCAAAGACAAGCACCCCGUCUCAUGCGCCUUUCAAAUGCCCAAUGGCUGGCACCUUUUACAAAAGUCCUGCACCUGGGGAGCCACCAUUUGUUAAGGUAGGAGAUAAAGUGCAGCAAGGUCAAGUUCUUUGCAUCAUUGAGGCCAUGAAACUGAUGAAUGAGAUUGAGGCUGAUCAAUCUGGAACUGUCACCGAGAUACUGGUAGAGGAUGGGAAACCAGUUAGCGUGGACAUGCCUCUCUUUGUCAUCGUACCAUGACCAUGAGAGACCGGGCGGCAACUUCUUCCAAGCUUCUUGGUGUAACAGCCAUUGUUUCAGAAAGGCCUGUUUUCUGAUUGCCGAAACUUGUCAUGUUGUAAUACCUUCUUUACUAGUCUUUUUCUCUUCUUUGGGGGGUUCCGGAUAUUAACUUUUUACACCGUGUUGAUUAAUUUAAAAGCUCUAGAAGUUGGCAUAAUGCUGCAGAUGCUGGGGAAUGAUUAAGUUAUUUAAGACGAGUAUACAAAGGUAUAUAUGUAAACUGUUUGUUAUUUCUUGUUUUCUGAAAACUGCAUAUAAAUUUUCUCAUA